UCUCGUGCUCCUCGCGUCAUCCGCGCAGCGCUGCGCUCCACACGCGGCCGGGCCUGGGCGUCCCCAGUUCCACCACCUCAUCCCUCUCCGCAGCCGCAGCUCUCGCCUCGCCCGCCCGCCCGCGCGCGCGUCGCCAUCCAUCCGAUCGCUUCCGGGCGGCCGGGAUCCCCCUCCGCCCCAUGUUCCGCGGCCAUGCCCCUCUCCUCCACCUCUUCGCCGGCGGCCGGGGCGGCGGCCGCCGCCGCCGCUCUCCGCACCUCCCGGCCUUGCCGCGCCGCCACUCACGUUUUGUUCAGGCAGAAGCUGAGCUUCCUGGCAGCUUCUCAGGCACAGCAUAUGAAAUGUUCUCACCCUUUGAUCAGAUCUGUUGUAAAAGGUGUUAAAUCAGAUAUCACCAAUGGUGACAAUGGGACCGAGCCCGCUAGGGAACUAUUGGAGCGAUUGUUCGCAAAGACAAAGAGCCUAGAUCCAAGUGCUUCUCAGGAUAGGGAGCUGAGCAUGAGCAUCGAGGUCCUGAAGACUGAAUUUGAGGCUGCCUUGUCUAUCCUAAGGAAAAAAGAGAGGGACCUUCGGGAUGCGGAGAAGAAAGUUUCUGUUGAUCGGUCAAGGCUGAACCAGACGAAGCAGGACCUUGAUCAGAGGGAGGAAGACAUCAUCAAAGCGUAUUCAAGACAACAUGAAAUGGAGAAAGCACUGAUGAAGGCGAGUAGGGAUUUAUCUUUACAGGUUAGGCAGAUCAAUAAUCUGAAGCUUCUAGUUGAGGAACAAGACAAGAAAAUUGUUAGUUCACAAGCUGCGCUUUCUAAGAAGGUGAUUGAAGUGGAUAAGCUUAAACAGGAUAUGCUGAAGAAGAACGAGGAAGCAGCCUUGAUGCGUUCAGAGAUUGAGUCCAAGGAACAAGAGCUUCUUGUAGCUAAUCAGGCCCUUGCACGGCAAGAAGCAACAAUUAGGGAGCUCCAGAAUGAAAUUAAAACAAAGGAAACUGAGGUUGCCAGAUCAAAUGAAUUGAGGAAAGCUAAUGAGGAGAAACUGAAAGUUGCAGAACAGGAACUUGAGAAGCAGAGUUUAGGAUGGAUAGCAGCACAGCAAGAGUUAAAGGAACUGGCGCAAAUGGCAUCCAAGGAUAAGGAUAAUAUCAAGGAUACUAUAGAUGACUUCAAACGUGUGAGAUCUUUGCUGGAUGCUGUACGUUCCGAACUAAUGGCUUCAAAAGAGGCUUUCACCUUCUCGCGCAAGCAAAUUGAAGACCAAGCGGCGCAGUUGAGUAAGCAAGUGCAGGAACUCACAGACCAAAAAGCAUUGCUUAUUUCUUAUACUCAGAGUCUGGAAGCUGCUCAACUGGAGAUUCAAGGAAAGACAAAUGAGCUCAGCGCUGUAAAAACUCGCUGUAGUGAGCUUGAAUCACGGUUACUUGAGGAAAUGAAGAAGGUUGAGUCCCUAGAGGCUAUGUUAACAAAAGAAAGGGAGAGCUUGGAACAGAAAACUAAGGAGGUAGACUUGCUUCAAGAGGAGCUAGCUCGGAAGGAGAAUGAGUACUUCAAUUCACAAAAGCUUGUCGAAACAAAAGAGAAUGAGUUGUUAGAGGCCAGACAUGAAGUCGAAGAUAUGAAAUUGAAGGUGGACUCCAUACAAUUUGCCGUUCAAGAGAAAGAUUUGGAGCUUCUGGAGACACAACGAAGACUUGACGAAGUUAACAAUGAAGUUGUUGAACUUCAGCAUAUGAUAAAUACCAAGGAGGAUCAACUUGUUCAGGUUAGAUCCGAACUACAGGAUAAAGAGCAACGUAUACAAUUAAUGCAGGAUGAAUUGGAUAAGAUGAGAUUAGGACGCUCACAAGCUGAAUCUGUGGUGCAAAAGAUAGUUGAGCUCACUGGCAAUCUUAUAGGUUCUGUAGAAGGUGAAGAAUUUGACAUUUAUAACUUGCUCGAUGAUGAAAUUUUAAGCACAGACACAGCCCUUGAGUCGAAUUUGCAUAAACAUAAUCAACUGGAGGCUGACAUCGACAUGCUGAAAGAAUCCUUGGAACAGAAAGACGUGGACUUAAGAGCUGCAUAUAAAGCACUUGACGCAAAAGACCUAGAGCUGAAGGCAGUACUUAGAAGGUUAGAUGUGAGGGACAAGGAACUAGACAAAUUGGAAGAGCUAUCCAUAGAUCCCAACGACGUCAGGAGACUGUCUAGCCUUGCUGAUGAGGCAACCAAAGCCAACAAUGUGGAAGAAGUGGAGCUCCGAAAGCAUGAACUCGAAUCUGUGGAGGGGGAGGCACUAGCUGCUAGUACUAUGUUGAAGAAGCUUGCCGAUAUCACUAAAGCAUUCUUGAGAAGUGGUAGAACCGAUUCUGGUACCAAUCUGCUUGCAUCCCGAAAUGCAAACAUCAGUGAAGGUGCUUCCAAAAUGGAACCAAAGAAGAAAAUGAACGUGAUUCUUGAAGCUAAAAAGGAGAUCGUUGGGCUGUUUUCUUUGACAGAAGAACUCGUCGCCAGUGCUGGAAUAAAUGACGCUGAGGAACCGUAGCAUCAUAUCAUAACUGAAACAGAUUUCUGCAUCAUGAGAAUGAUUUUAUGCCAACUGGAAUGAUGCAGCUGAAAUUGUUACCUUCGUUUCCUUUCCUUGGCGGCCUCAGGAUUUCUUUUUGUUCUUUCAGUUCUGUGGAUGUGACAUCAUAAAAAAGUCAUAGAUUGUUCGGGUUUGGGGUAAAAGGAAGACGGUUUUGUUGACUGACCUUGUGUGUUUACAUACGACAUUGUAAUUCGUAGCGAUGUUUACAUCAUACAAACAAACUGCCGCCCCUUUCUUCCCUCCA